AUGGCACAUACACAGCAAGUUAAACUUCUUGAAUGUUGCCAAGUCUCUCCACCAACAGGUUCAAUUCCAUCAACUACUUUACCAUUAACAUUCUUGGACAUACCUUGGCUUCUUUUUCCACCAAGUCAACCACUUUUUUUCUAUGAUUUCCCUCACACAACUUCUCAUUUCAAACAAACCAUUUUAUCCAAUUUCAAGAUUUCACUUUCUUUAACACUCCAAUACUAUUUCCCUUUAGUAGGUAAUUUAAUAAUUCCACCACAACCAUCUAAGCCAAAAAUUACCUACACCUCAGGAGACUCUGUUACAUUAACCAUAAAAGAGUCUACGUAUGAUUAUUAUAACCAUCUUUUAAUCCAUCAUCAGAAGGGUGUUCAAGAUUUUCACCAAUUAGUACCUCAUUUGCCACAAAUUGGUGAAUUGUUACAUGUGGACCAAGAGUUAAAGUACUCACUUUUGGCUGUUCAAAUUACUAUAUUUCCUAAUUGUGGUGUUUCUAUUGGAUUCUCCAAACGUCACGUGGUGGCUGAUGAAAGAACAUCUAACAAUUUCUUGAAGACGUGGGCAGGUAUUUUUAGAAAUGGACUAGAAUUGUACUUGCCUGUGUUGAACAAGAAUUUGCCAUACUGUGAUAGGUCAAUAAUUCGUGACACCAAUGGGGUUGAACCAAUCAUGUGGAACCAAAAAAAUGUGCCAAAAUUGGCAAAUGGCAAUUUUAGUGACAUGGUAAGAUCCACAUUUGUAAUGGGUCGACCCGACAUGGAGGUGAUCAAUGGGUGGAUCAUAUCACGGUCCAAGAAACUAUUCGGGUCAGCCCAGUUGCUCCUUUCGCCCUAUGUGGUGACAUGUUCAUUUAUUUGGGUGUGUUGGUUGAAAGCUAACAUGGACAACAUUGAAGAUACAAUUGACAAAACGGAGCCCCAUUACUUCGGUUUUAUAGCGGGUGGUAUAACCCGGUUGGGUUACCCGGUACCGAUUAGUUAUGUAGGUAAUUGCAUUGCAUUUGGUAGAGCAAUGGCAAGGAGAAAUGAAUUAUUGGGAGAAAAUGGUAUACUUUUUGCUGCGAAGACAAUUGGUGAUACCAUCAAGGAAUUGAAUAGGAAUGUGUUGGGUCGGGUUGAAAAUUGGAUGUCCGAUUGGAAAGUGUUUAAUGGGUCGGGGCUCCAUAUGACGGUAACCGGGUCUCCGAAAGUGGAUCUUUACUCGUUGGAUUUCGGGUGGGGCCGACCCAAAAUGAUUGAAGAAAUAUCAAUAGAUAAAACAGGUGAUGUAUCUCUAUGUGAGAGUAGAGACAUGAGUGGUGGAAUAGAGGUUGGUUUGGCUCUUCCAUUGGCCAAAAUGGAAGCCUUUAAUGUUUUCUAUAAUGAAGGUCUCAAAAAUCUUCACUGA